AGAGAGAGAGAGAGAGAGAGUGUGUGUGUGUGUGUGUGUGUGUGUGUGUGUGUGUGUGUGUGUGUGUGUGUGUGUGUGUGUGUGUGUGUAACCUAAUUUGGUCUUUCUGGGCGUGGAUAUCUCUCAGUCCUGGAAAGGAAGAGAAGCAGAGGCGAGUCUGGGGGAAGAUAUCUCACAUACCACGCAGAUCUCCUGCUAAAGAAAAGCCCCAGAACGCAGGAAAACACACCCAAGUGGUUUUCCUGAAAUAGAAAGUCCAUAUUACUCCCUGCACCAAACAGAGGAAGGGAUUCUUUGCCUUGCAUUGGACAACCGACUUUGAUUAAAUCUCAUUAGCUUGUCUUUGAGUCUUUGACCAACUUCCAAGUCCUCCAUCCAUUUCCAAUCAUGCCCUUGUUUGUGCUGCAGACUUCACGGGUAAUGUGGGCCCGUCUGGUCGCUCUGGCGUUCACAUGUGUGGCGUUCAGCGUGGCCGCUCACGGCGCAGGUCUAUCUGGCGGCAUGUUCGACUGGUGCAUGUUCUGCUGGGUGUUCAGCUUCAUCGGCACGCUGUUGGUACUAAUUGUGGAGCUCCUGAACCUCCAGACACGUGCACCUGUCUCGUGGACCAACUUUCCCAUCACGAUGGCAUGCUACGCCGGUCUUUUGUGCCUCUCCGCUUCCAUCAUUUUCCCACUGUACUUCCUCAGGAGCAAUUAUACCUAUAACUCUGAUAUACGUGACUACAGGAUCGUAAGUACCGUUUUCUCUUGCCUGGCCACAGUGGCAUACCUAGUGGAAGUGAGCCUGACGCGGGCCCGUCCUGGUGAAGUGGCCGCCUACAUGUCGACAGUGCCAGGCCUCCUGAAGGUCUGCGAGACAUUCGUUGCCAGCGUAAUUUUUGUGUUUAUCAGUAAUCCUGUGUCGUAUAAUCAACAUCCAGCACUGAAGUGGUGCAUGGCUGUGUACUGUAUUUGCUUUAUCAUAUCCGCUGGCAUCGUGGUGAUGUGCGUUGGAGAAUGUACCGGCUUCCUUCCAUUCCCAUUUGCCCGUUUCCUCUCUGCUUAUGCCCUAUUGGCUGUUGCGAUGUACCUCAGUGCUACCAUUAUCUGGCCUGUGUUUAAGUUCGACAAUCGGCACAGCGGACAUUCUCAGAGACCUGAUUUUUGCAGUGUAGGUAUAGAUAUCUGCUAUUGGGACAAACUGGUCAUCAUAGCCGUUCUGACAGGCAUUAACUUCCUGAUCUAUGUGGCAGAUCUGGUGUACUCCGCACGACUCGUGUUUGUCCGUGCUUGAAAAGUCGAAUAGAAAAACUUAAGAAGAGCCACUGAAUGUUUCCAACUUUUCACCAGGGAUGUUUCGAUAGUCAAUUUCCGUAUCACAAAAUAUAAAUCCGAAAGAAAUAAUGGGAUCAGAGUGAAAAAUUCGGCCAAAACAGUCAUGUGCCAUAAAGAAAUUAACAAGACUUUAGAUGGCUAAAAUGAUACAUAUUCCUUAUAAAAAGAAAUCUUUUCAUUGUACCAAAGCAAAACUUUAGUGAAAUUAGCCACCUAGCUUAGUGUUGUCAUUUAAAACAAACUGUUAACUGCUGCCACAAGUUAAGUAAUAUUAUUUAGCUUACACGUGCUGUGCAGCUUCAAUGUAAGAUGCUAGCAAUCUUCUAAGAUCAGCUAGUUAGCUUACCUUGUUACAUGCAUGCCAUUAGGCUGUUAGCUAGCUACCUCUAUCAAGGUCAGUCACUAUUCAUUUGUAGGAAGAUAAAUUCAUGCUUGAUUUGUGUGUUUUUUGAUUAAAACAAAACCUUAUUCUUUCUGAGAUAUUUAACUAGCUAAGAUUUAUCUUACUAGAGAAUUUUACUGAAAGGUUAAACUUGAUUUGGUUAAGAAGCCCCUUUCUAAAUGUCAGUGAUAAUGUUGUGAGAGUUGAAAAAUCCUAAUAUAUCACAUAAUUGAUUAUCGGUAUGUCCGAUGUCUGUCACUGUUGCCUUUAUGUGAAUUAUCCACAUGUUGAUCUGUGCCUGAGUGAAUUUUUGAUGUUUAUCUCUUACAUAUGAUAUCUUUGCCUCACGAUUUUUGCUUUUCACACUGUUGCCUUUAUGUGAGACCUUUAGACACUGCUGAGUUGAGAGAGGAGCUCAACUCUACCUACAAACCCAGCACCUGAUAUAUUCUAUAUUGGAUAUGUUAUUGUCAUAUAUAAUGAUUCACUUUGAAAUUUUAUUUCAAUCCACAGCAUUAAUCAGCUGGAAAAAAACCCAUUUAGGAUUAGAAAUAUUUGAUGGUUUUCUUUAUGGAAAAGACAUUAAUGGGAUGUCAAUAAGUCUCAUCAUCUUUCCAUACUGGGUUACUUAUUGUGUCUUGUGUAAGUACCAAUCAUCAGGAUCAAGACCAUAGCCAAACAACUGAAUGGUGUAGAAAUCCAGACAGUAUUUUUUUCUAUACUUUUGUACCACAUUCUGACUUGAUCUUAAAGUCUUGUAUGUUUCAAAGUUAAAUGAAUAAAUGUCACGUGUUUAAGCUUUUUUACACUUUAUGCUGCCUUUAUGGAUGCUAGAGAUCUGUGUUUAAAUGUAUACCAAUCAUAAAGUUUUGCAUAUCAUGUGCCA